CAGCAUUAAUGAACCAUUCAAGUCAAGCGUGUUUCGAAGUCGAUGCGUUUAUUAAAACCCUAACCAGUCCCAGAAAGUGUAUAGGGGGUGCGGUAGGGUUUGCGAUUCAGCGCCAGGCUUGGAAGGCUAUACCGUCAUGACAUGGACUUAGAGGCAACCCUAACCUUAGCCCCUACCACAGCCCUAACCCACAUGAAAUGUAAACGAAAGCUGCAAACUAAUGUAUGCCUUGGUUUUAUUUGUUUCUUAAAUGUUUUAGAAGAGUGCUCCGAAUGAGUCCGCGGUUGGCCCCAUUCGCCCGGUCAGUAGGUGGCAGUGUAGACAGCGUGCAUUUGGGAUCCGCAGACCAACUUAAAAUAAGAACUCUUUGCAUUCAGGCCCGAUAUAGACCCAUUCUAUCGGGAAAAACGGUAGAGGUACCGCCUCUAUUCCCUUUCUGCUGGAACUACAGGCUCUGAGCUGGGGGCGUGUUAUUUCUCAUCGGGACAGCUCUCUCCUGACGACUGUACCUGUUCCACUUCUGCAACCGUUGGGAAUUUCACUUUUCACCAUGUCACUCCAAGCAAGAGCUCUCGUUGCCUCCAAGUGGCUCCUCGACGCAGUCAACGGUGGAAGCAUCGGACCUAAACUACGCGUUUUGGACACAUCUUGGUACUUGCCCAAACUCCGGCGCAACGCAAAGAGCGAGUUCAAAAAGAGUCAUAUCCCUGGUGCUGCCUUCUUUGACAUAGACCAAUGCUGCGACAAAACGUCUCCGCUUGAUCAUAUGCUGCCGUCGGAGCGUGUUUUUGCAGAUUACGUUGGCAAUUUGGGAAUUGGAAAUGACACGCACGUCGUAGUAUACGACGCGAGCGAUUUCGGCUUGUUCUCUGCGCCCCGUGUUUGGUGGAUGUUCCGAGUGUUCGGCCACAUUUCGGUAUCCGUGUUGAACGGAGGACUCCAAAAUUGGGUGAAUGAGGGACUUCCACUGAGUGACCGGUACUAUAGACCAGAGCAAACUGAGUUUAGGGCUUCCCUGAACCGAUCCUGGGUCAAGACAUACGAGGAUAUCCUGGAUAAUUUGGACAGUAAAGAGUUUCAGGUAGUGGAUGCCAGACCCAAGGGCCGAUUCCUUGGCGUUGAUCCAGAACCCAGAGACAACACCGAGCCUGGCCACAUCCCCGGCUCCGCCAGCGUUCCCUUCACCUCCGUCCUCUCCCCGACCGGCCACCUGCGUCCCCGGGAGGAGCUCCGGGACCUGUUCGCCCGGGCCGCCGUGGACCUCUCACGUCCGAUCUGCGCGUCCUGCGGCUCGGGCGUGACGGCCUGCCACGUGGCCCUCGCCGCCCACGAAUGCGGCCACCCGGGGGUGUCCGUGUACGACGGGGCCUGGUCCGAGUGGUAUACCCGAGCCGCGCCCGAGCACGUCAUCUCCGCCGGCUUCGGGAAACACUGCCCCGUGAUCGGAUGAGAGAGAAAGAGAGAGAGAGAGAGGGAGAGAGAGAGCGCAGGGGAGGAGGACCGCAGGGGAGGAGGACCGCGCGAUCGCAUGAGAGCGAAUGACGAUCGGGGGUUGAACAGAAGGGGGAACGGACAAGCUCCCCUCCUGCGCGGCGAUUAUUGCGUGAGGGAUCUGGGUUGAAUGUUCCUGUAGGUACUGUUGAAUCGUAUUUGAGCCUUAUCCUGAUUUGAAUCAUUUGGAGGGAAUUGCACCGGUCCGUGGCCUUAUAUCGGUGACAGGGGUUACGGUAUUCUACUGCUCGGACAUGACGUGGGUCGGCGUUCCCUGGAAUGUUUGCCUUCUGAUGUCAUAGGAGGAAGUCCGGUUAGCUUGAGAUCCGAACGUGGGCAGUUGGUCAAUGUUUCAUUAGAUCUAUUAGUGACAUGGAAAUUACAUCAGUGUAAGUUCCUCAAAACACUAUGGUGGAAUAUUUGAAGGCAUGUGUAGAUAUAUAGACGUAGAUAAAUAGAUAUGGAGUCAAACAUGAUUCAAACUAGAGCCUCAGGAAAGAAAACAGUAGUGAAACGUAGUGUCACUAUUUGAUAUACAUACACACACAUAUAUAUAUAUAUAUUUGUUAAGCCUUCAAAUAUUGACACUACUUUUCACUACUGUUUUCUUUCUUGCUGCUCUAGUUUGACUCGUGUUUGACUAAGAAGUAGCCCUAAACAGCUCCACUCAGUAUCUCUGAUGACAGCCUGGCUCUGUCCUGCACAUAGACAGAUUAAGGACCGUUUCAUUUGAUGAACACGCCACAACCCUUAUGACAGUCCAUGUAAAUGUGGAAUUAACUUAUGACAUGCUAUCCCUGUUCUAAUGUCACCAUGGUCUUUAUUUUGUUAGAAACGUGGUUUCAUUUUUGUGUGCAUUUGACAAUAAAAACAAUAAGUUAA